UUGUCUGUAUUAUAAAUAUGUUUGGUUUGACAGCUUCGUUCAAUAUAAAACACAAACGAUACCACUUCUUUAUUUUAAGAAAAAAAAGUUUUGUCAAAAGAAACAAGUGAAUUUUAUCGUCUAAAAAAUUUAAUCCAUUCGAAAAUCUAUUUACGUGAGUUCGAAAGAAGUUCAAAAUGUCAGAAUCCCAACUUCGAAACGGAAAAUCAUAUUCAUCUUCUGUAAAUAUCAUGAAUGUUGACCAGACAAACAAUGGGAACGGAAAUGAGACCGUGGAGGGUGUUGUUGAUGCUGAUAGUGUCAAUAUUGAUGACCAGACAAACAAUGGGAACGGAAAUGAGACCGUGGAGGGUGUUGUUGAUGCUGAUAGUGUCAUUACUGAUGACCAGACAAACAAUGGGAACGGAAAUGGAGCCGUGGUUGUUGAUGCUGAUAGAGUCAUUACUGAUGACCAAACAAACAAUGGGGAUGACACUGAAGCCACGGAGGGAACAUUGAAAACUGCAAUGAAUGUUACCAAAAGAAGCAUGCUCGAAACCUUCAAUUUAGUCAACACCAAAUUAGGAGAGAUGGAAAAGGAAAUCGAAGCUUUAAAGAAUAAAAACAAGACUUUAGAGAAGGAAGUCGAAAAAAUUCCAGACUUACAAAAGCAAAUCGAUGAUAUCCCGAAUUUGUUGAAGAUCGAAAUCGAAAAAUUGAAACGAAAAUGUGACGGCUGCGAGAAGAUCCACGAAUCAGGUGGCAAGGAAAAAUUUUUUACACCGACAUGUAUAGAAAAGAGAAUUGACCAGGACAAUCAAGAGGCAAAGCGGCAACGACGUCUAGUAUUUGGAUCGCCUCGAGGAUGACCUCGAGCUUAACCAUUUUGAAGCCGUACCCAACUCAAAACUUAUUACACCAACGCAACGAAGCAAACGAAACGACCACACACGGCCACCUCCAGCACAAGAUAUCUACCGUUUUAGGCAGCAGAAACGUUUUAAUAAGUCUUAAUUGUAUACUUUGUAGCCAAAUCAAUACACAUUAAUCCAAUAAAGUUUAUUCAGACUUCAGAUGAGAAAGAAACGAAUAAGUAAAUUCUACCAAAAUUACUGUUUCUCACUGAAUGUCAUAUAUUCUCAUCAAUUUCAAUAAAGCUUAGUAUUUUAUCAUGAAAA